AUGUCGGAUAAAGCAGCUCGGAGCUACACCCAUGUGUCAAAUCGUGCAAAGGCUCGGGCAACCGUAGAAAGAAAAAACGUUUUUAAAAGUGUCCUCGAAAAUCCAUUCCGAAUACAAUGGCCCUCAAUCCCAUCAAAUGCGCAAAAUUUAUUCCUCGCGAAACUCGUAACCACUUUGGAGAGCGAGGUGAGGAACGGAAGUCGAAAAUCCUUCAAGGCAUACGCUAGGAAAGCCCUACUACGAUCAGAAAUUGCAGAUUCGGUGGAAGGAACAAACCCGAGCUUAGGCUCGGUGGUAGGUUCCAAACCCUCUGCAUGCGCCGUAGGUUCCACUCCUUUGCCAGCUCCGGCCGUUAGUGAACUUACUCCGUCGUCGGGCUACAUGACCGUCGGUAUCAACGAAGUGACAAAGAGACUUGAAUCGCAGUUGAAGUCUGUCCGACAUUCAGUUACACUCACUACCACGUCUCCCGCCAAUCCAAUAUUCCCCGAAAUGUCUUCCAUUGCUGUUGUCUUUGUGUGCCGUGCCGAUGUCAAUCCUCCGAUCUUAUUGGAUCACAUCCCUCACCUUGUAGCAGGAUGCAACUCUACACGCCUUGGAUCUAACCCUUUGGGAGCUCGACAGCCCCUGAAAUUGAUCAUCUUACCAAAGGGCUCAGAGUCCGCACUCGCGCAGGCGCUUGGUCUGAGGCGAGCGUCCGUAAUUGCCAUUCAUGAUGAUGCCCCGUAUUUACCGAUCUUUUGCGAUAUGCUUCAAUCUGUACCUGUAAUCAGCGCACCUUGGCUUGUACCUCCAGCUCAGCAUAAUUCUCCGAAAUGUUUGAUUCCCACUCAUAUCAAACAACUCCGCACCACUGCACCCAAAGAUAUGAAAUCUGCGAAAGAACAAAGGGCAAAAGCAAGAGUUGCAGCUAAGAAGAAUGGUGCAAAACGUAGGCCCAAGAAAUGUCUCCUUACGACGGCAACGCCAGACGCAUAA